GUGGAUGAGGAUGAUGUGGACCCGCAGCCCUGGACUACAAGCGAGUUUGAGAUGCAGACGGAGAAGAUCAACACGCCGGGCUCGCCUGGCAUAAUCACGACCUCUGUCACGACCUGUGCACCUUCCACGUGCAUGGGCUCGGAAACUCCUGACGCGGACUUUCUGGACACGUCUCCGGAGCCCUCGCCACCGUCGAAGUCGUCGAAGUCUUCGAACUUCUUCUGCUCCUCUUUCGACUCACGCAUCAUCCGUGCCGACCUCCCUGAAAACGUGCCACGCGCGCCGAACGGGAGAACUCACCAGCUUUAUGUGCAGUACCUGGACCAGUACUUGCAGGAGAUGCAGGGGGACCAGCGCGGCUUCAGGUUUGCCGUGCUUCGCAGACGUCGUCGUGACUUCCUCGGGGACAGCUUUCAGUCGAGAUGCGCCUCACUCUUGCCAAAGAUGUCUCGGCACCGCGGGGCAAGAUCGUCCACACAGAGCCGGGCAGAUGAGUAG